UCUUCCAGAGCCAUGAGAGCCUUGGGCCCCAUCCUCUUCCUCGUCUUCCUCCUCGCUGGGCGGGGUUCCGAGGCCGCGCCUUCGGCCUCACCAGCUGCGGGCUCCGACUUUCCAAGGAUGGGCCUCCCCUCGGAACCCCUUCUUCCUGCUCCUGAAAAUGCCACUCUCCACCAGCCGCACCCGGAACCCCCUGGGAUGGCUUCUCCGGAGCCCUCCAAGGCGCCUCAUCCGGGUUCCCCUGAGUCCUCUCCCCAUAAUGUCACUGACACCCCCAACGCUGACCUCCAAGAACCCCCACACCCAGAGUCUCCUGAGACCCCCCAACCUAACUCACCCAACACCCCAAUAUCAGAACCCCUGGAGACCCCCCAAAUUAACUCCUCCCAGAUGAUGCAUCCAGAACCUUCUGAGACGCCCAUGCCUGACCUGCCUGAAAUUCCACACCCAGAGUCUCCUGAGACCCCCAAAUCUAACUCACUCAACACCUCAACAUCAGAAGGCCUGGAGACCCCCCAAAUUAACCCCUCCCAGAUGACACAUCCAGAACCUUCUGAGACGCCCAUGCCUGACCUGCCUGAAAUUCCACACCCAGAGUCUCCUGAGGCCCCCAAACCUAACUCACUCAACACCUCAACAUCAGAAGGCCUGGAGACCCCCCAAAUUAACCCCUCCCAGAUGACACAUCCAGAACCUUCUGAGACCCCCACCACUGACCUGCCUGAAAUUCCACACCCAAAAUCCCCUGAGGCCCCCCAACCUAAUUCCUCCAAAACUUUACAAUCAGAAUUUCCUGGGACCCUGGAUCCUGACCCUCCCCAAACUGCACACCAGGAAUUCCCAGGGAUCCCCAAUCUUAACUCCACUGAAAUCUCACAGGCAGGGGCCCCUGAUCCUGACCCCACCAAAACCCUUCACCCCGAAACUCCAAAAAUCCAUGACCCCAACACCGCUGAGACCCCAAGCACUGAAUUCCUUCAGACCCUCCACCCCAAUCCUACUGAAACCCCCCACCCAGAAUCCUAUGUAACCCACCACCCCGGCCCCACUGAAAUCCCCCAAUCAAAACUCCCCACAACUCUCCACCAAGGUGCCACAGAGAUCGCCAGGGACUCUGCCCCUGAAACCUCCACCAGUCCUCACCCAGACACGCCUGCACCCUCCAGGGACCAGGCUACUGCCCUGCAGGAGCUGUCCCUGAACCCCGAGCCAGAAACCCCUGCGGCCACCCAGCCCAACUCCCUUAAACUGCCCACCUCUGAUUUUCCUGAGACUGUUGAGCCCAAGGCCUCCCAGAGCUCUAGCCCUAAAGGGCCAGAUGCCGCUCUUUCCUCCUCCGGGAUGGCGGACCCCCCUGCUCCUCCAGGGGCCCCCAAUCAGCCGGCCCCAGCCACUCAGCGGGCCCCCCAGCGACGCAGCAGAGGUGAGAGAGUCAACACUAUCAUCCUGGUGGAACGAGUGAAGGAGACCGGCGUGACCCUGGUGGGACGCCCCCGGGGCGGGGCGGGAGGGGCCCUGUGCCUCUUCUUCGCCGGGACCGGGCUACUGAUCGGCAUUUUCCUGCUGCUGUGGUGUCUCUACCGCCGGGCGGCUCGGCACCGGCCCUUCGCACACCACCGGCUUCCGAACGACGGAGACGAGUCGGUCCUGCACCUGGACACUCCCAAGGAGCCGUACGAUCUCUACUUUUACGCGCCGGAUGCCUGGAUCCCUUCACACAUCGCCACCAAGCAGCCGCCGCCCACUCCUCCGCUGCCCCCCAAGCUGCCCCCGCCGCCCCGCGGAGGCCGCUCCCAGCGCCUGGAGCCGCUCUCCCCGGCCACGCUCCCCGACAACUUCGUGUGAGCCCCUCCCGGUCCCUCCAGACGUGCGCCAUCCUCAGACAUCCUACCCUCCCGGCAUGCUUUGCUAGUAGCGGUGCCCUCAGAUGGAGCCCACCGCAGAGAUGCCCUCCCUGAGGCCCAAUAAAUCACGCGAUCCCUCCCUCCUAGCCACCUGCUCUGGCCUGAUUCCUGGGGGAGGAGGGCCCUCGAACUCC